AUGCACUCCAGCUGCGCUGCUCCCAGUCGCUUCGUCUCUGCAGCAGCAGCAGCAGCAGCAGCAGCAGUGACGGCAGCUGCAGCAGCAGGCGCGGCAGCAGCACGAGCGGUGCAGCAGCACAGGCAGCGGGUGCAGUCGCAGCAGCAGCAGCAGCAGCAGCAGAAACAGCAGCAGCAGCGGCAGCAGCAGCAGCAGAAGCAAGGGCAGAAGCGGCAGAAGCAGCAGCAGAAGCAAGGGCAGAAGAAGCAGUAG